AUGCAAUCACCUUGCCUGAAAGAGGCCACACAAGUAUGCCUUCAAAAAUGCUGUCCAUCACCUUUUCUGAACAUGCCAGGGCCAAAGAACACCGAGUCCAGAAGCACUUCCGCUGCUUGUCGCCGUGACUUUGCAGAGACAACUUCAGCAUCCAUCUUCCCAAAUACCCAUUUCACCAACCAUGAAUCUCUUCCUUCUUUGAAAGAAUCAUUCACUGAGUUCACAAAAGCUUACCCCAAUUAUUGUGAUACUGAACAAGUUGAUCAUAUACGAGCUCAUGAAUAUUACCAUCUUACACAGUCUAACCAUACCUGCCUGGAUUAUAUCGGCAUAGGCCUCUUCUCCUAUUCCCAACUACAAAAACAAGAUUUCUCUAAAAACCAACAUGCUUCUUCUUCUUCCACCCCUCCUUUGCUAACUUCGCCGCCUCGGAGUUUGGAUUUUCCAUUCUUCAGUAUAUCCUACAAGACAGGGAGUCUGAAGACUCAGUUACUUCAUGGAGGCCAAGAAUCAGAACUAGAGUCUGCAAUUAAGAAAAGGAUAAUGGGUUUUCUCAAUAUUUCUGAAAGCGAUUACAGCCUGGUCUUCACAGCCAACAGAACUUCAGCUUUUAAACUUCUAGCAGAUUCUUACCCCUUCAAAACUAGUCGUAAGCUUUUAACAGUUUAUGACUAUGAGAGCGAGGCAGUGGAAUCGAUGAAUCAUUACUCAGAGAAGAGAGGAGCUCAAGUCAUGUCAGCAGAGUUUUCUUGGCCAAGGUUGAGAAUUCACUCAUCAAAGCUGAAGAAGAUGAUUGUGAGUAAGAAGAAGAAGAAAAAGAAAAGGGGACUCUUUGUGUUCCCACUACAUUCCAGAGUAACAGGAGCCAGAUAUCCUUACCUUUGGAUGAGCGUGGCACAGGAGAAUGGGUGGCAUGUCUUGAUCGAUGCUUGCGCGUUGGGACCCAAGGACAUGGACAGCUUUGGUCUUUCUCUCUUUCAACCAGAUUUUCUCAUUUGUUCCUUCUACAAGGUUUUUGGUGAAAAUCCAUCUGGAUUUGGGUGCCUCUUUGUUAAGAAAUCUGUUAUUUCAAUCCUGGAAGCUGCUACAAGUUCAGGGAUGGUAAAUAUUGUCCCACCAAAGGAGCUACUUCAUCUGGGGGGAGAUUCUUCGGGUACUGACACAGACCUUGAACAGACAUCUAAAUUUGCAUUAGAAGAAGUUGAAUUAGCUUCCUCAAGCUCCUUCUCUGGUCCCAUAUCCAAUCAAACAAGCCAUACUCCAAAAGUGGAGCAAGGAGAAUCCUCUGAUUUUCUGAAUGCAGCUGCUAGAGUGGAAGAACCAGAAACUUCAGAAAUUGGAAAAUCAGAAAUACAAGCUGCUAAAACCCAACAUCAAUGUGCCAAAGCCAGUAGAAAUGGGAACCUGGAGGUUGAAUGCAGGAGUUUGGAUCAAGUGGAUUCACUAGGACUGAUACUGAUAGCUAACAGGUCAAGGUAUCUAAUCAAUUGGCUGGUGAACUCUAUGUUGAAACUCAAACAUCCUAAUGAAGAUGGAAUUCGUUUGGUAAGAAUAUAUGGGCCAAAGAUAAAAUUUGAUCGUGGUCCAGCUUUGGCAUUCAAUAUAUAUGACUGGAAAGGCGAGAAGGUUGAGCCUGUUCUGGUUCAGAAACUGGCUGAUAGAAGCUCUAUAUCUCUUAGCUACGGGUUUUUACACCACAUCUAUUUCUCAGAUAAGUAUGCAGAAGAGAAAGGGAGAGUCCUAGAGAAAAGAGAAAGUGGAGCAAAGAGAACGGUGUCAAAUGGUUUGAAGAACAAGUCUGAUCUAGGAAUCACUGUGGUUACAGCUGCACUUGGAUUCCUGGCCAAUUUCGAAGAUGCAUACAGGCUUUGGGCUUUUGUGGCACAAUUCCUGGAUGCAGACUUCGUGGAGAAGGAGCGAUGGAGGUAUACAGCUCUUAAUCAGAAAACAGUUGAAGUCUGAACCAAAAAAAUAAAAAGA